UUUUUAAAGAUAUAUUUUCAACCCCUCCCCAAAAAUACAUGCAUUGACCUCAACUAGGACCUCGAUAUAAAUUGAAUGUGUGAGUGAGUGUCAUCAGUUCCUCCAUACAAACAUAUCUCGCUUGAUUCUUGAUGAUGAGCCAAAGCGACAGUUCACUGACUAAUUGCACCAAAAAAAAAAACCCUAAUAAAAAUUGCCACCUGACCGGUUUGGUAUGUAAAAGCUGUUGGAACAAGGCGCACUGAAGGCAUCACGUAACCACACAGCUGCAUGGGCUAGAAGGGGGCAGAACUUCCAGCAGCAGUGCAUUUCUCACAUGCCUCACUCAAAGCGUUCUCAUACAGUUGUGGAUGGUCUUGAGCGGAUGGACUAAAAAUGUGUCAGUCAGUUAAGCGCCGGUGUGCCAAACGCGGCCUGCGAUUGCUGGCGGCGGCUCGUCUGUUGCAGGUGGAAGGAAAAGUUUACAACUGAAGUUUGAUCAAGGGAGUGUAUGUUGUAAACCAAACAUGUUCACAACCUACAUAAAGAGUCUGAAUGAUAUGGUAUUUACCACGUCUGAGAACUCAGAGGAGCAACAGAGUCCUGGGGUCUUGGGCCGAAUCGGGAACUGGCUUUCGCCAUGGAAGGGAAAGAGUCCCAAAACUCCGACGGAAAAUUCAUCCCCCACUUGCGAUCAGGCGGUCGAGUCCGAGGGAGAGUCUUGUGAGGAAGACACACACGCCGAGGCAAAGAAACGAAAGUGGGAGGAGAAGGAACAACGCUCCAAUCCUGAUCCACUUGGUCCCUCAAGAGACAUUUUCCGCUUUGACGAAGCGGACGCCAUACAGUCUGCCCACAGAGACGACUCUGUUGCGAGCGGCAAAGUGACUCCUCCUAAAGAGGAGGAGCUUUUAUUCAGCAAAAGGCAGCGAAUAGGGCAGGCCAAGGAGGGCUGUCAUGGUACUUGGGUGAGCGGGAAUUCUGAACGGUUUGCCUGUCAUUUGACGGAUCUCUCCGCCAACGCCUCCUCCUCGGAGCAGGGUGUGGUAUGGAACUCUGACCGGGUUAACACCCAGCCUUUGCCCCAGAAAACAACACAGUCCCUGGCAGGAAGGAAGCUCCACGUGUACGUAGAAGAGACCAGCGUGACUCACUGCGGGCAAGACACCUUGACGGGGCAGGAAGUGAUCCGCACCACCAUCGAGAAAAAGCUGCCCGUCUUAUCAAAGUCGAAAUCGCCAAAGUCGCCUUCCUUUGAUUUGUCACGGGGCUCAAGUUCAAGAGCGGACGAGAGCACGCUUGCAAAUUUGAAGCCUGUGGUCGUGCCGCAAGAGGGCGUGUCGCAGAAAUUACACAAAGACUGGCUUGAACUCGGCGCAGAGCAAACAGAGGCUGACAAAAUGGGCCGUAAAAACUCAGCUAAAAAGAAAUCAAGAAAGACCUCUCAGGGAGAUGACGCAUGCAGCCCUCAGGGAAAAACGUCUCCCGAUGUCCAACCCGGUCAAGAAGGAUUCCCCUCAUCUGACAGCUCAAAGACCAGCCCACAGGGAGAAAGUACACAGAGUCACGGUGAAGUGCAGCCUUUAGACUCCUCCUCCGAGCACAGCCUCACCUCGUCGGCCUCACCUGGAGGUGGGGAAAAUGAGACUUCCUGUCCCAAGCAUGCGGACAAAUUCCUGGGCUCGGGAUCAGUCGCCGCUGUUGAUGGCGGUGCAGUCAUGGAGGACGACGACAGUUUUUACAAAGUUGUGCGCAAGACAGAGACCCCGGAGUCCAAACGGAGAAGUAUCAAGGUUUCUCGGACAGAAGUGAAGCUUUUCCCCAAAAACGUGCCUUUGAACGCGGAGAAAAGUAUAGCAGAAGUGGAGCUGGAAUUGGCACCGGACCAAGAGAAAAAUAAAGCCAAGGAAGAGCUCAAAACAGAAGUUGAUACAAGGGAGCAGGACAAGAAACUCGAGGAUAAACCAGUUAUUGGCCGAAUUACAGAUAAGAUCAACAUAUUUGAGCGCCAGGGAGCUGUGACGGGCCUCAAAAGAACUUUCCAAAUCCCCCGGAGCGCUGAUGUCUCUCCUGCUCGGAAAGAGACCGCGAAGCUCAAAGCUGAAUUUUUGUCAUCGACGCAGAGAUCGAAAUCAGCUGAGCGAUAUGACGGCGCUACGUCCAGCCCCGUGCCACCGGAAAAUGAGAUUCCACUGACGGUGAAAGAGAGAGCGAGGAACUUUGCGGAGGAAUCAACAAAGCACUCGAAAUCAAUGCUGCCUCAAAAAUCAGCCAAGACAGGAAUGGCAAAAAAGUUGGCCACAUCUGCGGCAACCACUGCAUCAAAGUCAUCCAAACCCGACAGUCAGGGUAAACUGGAUACAAAAGCAAUGACAGGGAUAACACUAAAACCCGGUGGACAGGAUACCUCUGCUGUGAGGGCGAAAGGUUCCAUACCACGGGAACAACAUGGCACACAGUCCUCAAAGACCGCAGAUCAGGGUACGAAAUCCAACAGCAUAGACUCAAGUAUUGCGACGAAAGGCGCGGGUGAUCACGUAGAACUGACCAAUAAUACAAGCGCACGGUCCAAGGCCACUAGCAAACCAGCGUCUCGUUCCAAGCGAAGAAAAAGCAGGGAGGCAACCAGUCCGGUGAGCGAAGAUCGGGAAAGCAAGCCAAAUCUAAGUCAGCAAGAUGCCACUUCGGUCAAAAGUAAGGUUGACGAUGAUGUUUUUCGGCAACCUGAUAAAGUGGAUGGAGUCCUCUCCAAUAAAUGUAUAUUUGUAAAAGAAUCCGACAAAUCCGAUAAACAGUCGCCGUCGACUGAUGCUAAAGUCAUCGAUAAAUUGGUCAACAGAGUGGAGGCUUUACCUGAACCGACAGCUGUCAACAAAGACGAACCUGAUACCGCUGCUUCUAACAGAAAAACCAAGAAACCUAUUGACAGGGUUCCCGUUAGUUUAGCCCAAAAGGGGGCAAAGGCCGAGAGAGAAAUUCCAUCACCCAAACAGGAGGUCAAAAUUACAGCAGAGGAUAAAUCGUCCUCCCGCUCACAGUCAGCCGAACGGGAGCCUGCCCCGGUGGUUCGGAUCCCACCUGCCGAAGGUCCAAAAUUCGAUGUGGAAGCACCACCGCGGCCUGUACCGACAAGUAGACUAAAAACAAUUCGGCACGUUAAAAAAGACACAGAACACGCACACCAAAACUUGGAAACAAAGCCAACGAGUCGGAGUCAGAUAAAAGAUGUUGAUAAAUUAGAAAGGUCACAUGGUGACAACAGCAGCCAGGCUGAAGAAAAUCUUAUCCCGUCAGACAAAACACAAACUCAAGUGACAACCCCAAUUUCACAGUCCAGACAAGAAAAUUCCGGGACAGGGGAAAGCGAAGCGAUGGAUAAUCAGAAAAAUCAGACGGGGAGAAAAGAGGACACAAGGCCCGGCGGAAAUGUUAAAAAAGCGGAGUUGGAAAACAAUGAAGAAGCCGCAAACCUCCCGACGAUAACACCGACUGCCAACCAAACGGUUAUUACAAAUCCAGAGAUAGCUGAGAUCACCGCCCUCACACAGAAAAUGGAAAUAAAAAGUGCCCGAGGCUCUUCCGAUGAUUGUGCACCUGCGGAAAAACUUGAAGCGUUUCGAAGUAAGGCUUCAAAAAAACAUGAGGGCAUUGGCGCCGAGUUUGUCAGCGCAACGCCCGAGCGAGCGCCUGCAAUUGUCUCCUAUGACCCCCCUGCGCCGAUCAGCGCACAGACUGACAAGACGGCGACUGUUAAAGAGUCGACCAAUAUUUCUGUUCAAAGCACUGAUGGGAAACCUCAAGGCAGUCAGACUCAACGCUUAGCAGCACACUCAGAAGCUGUCGAAGUUAAAGUCUCGACAACAAAACCGAGUCGCCCUCAGUCUGAGGAACCGAAUAAUACGGUGAGCACAAGUGAUCUUCCUCCAUUCAGGGGUUUGGAGAAAAGAUCCGACGGCGGCCUUUCCAGCACCGCAGAGGCUUUGCGAGGGAAGAUCGAUAAGAAAGGGAUUGAGCCACCAGAGAUUAUUGUGCAUCCCACGACUGUUAACGCUGAUCUUUCUUCCAAACUUCAAGUCAAAGAUGAACCAGGAAAUAAGCCCAGUCCAACUCCAAAAGUAUUAACUUCCCCAGAGUCUAAAAAGCUGAACUCAGACUCAGUCCAGCCGUCGUCCCCGAAGAGGAUGCAAUCGCAGCGAGGACUAAGCAGGGACGAUUCUUCCUUUCAACAGGACGCCCCAUCGAGUUGGCUCGAUGUGGACUUUCCCAAGCAGAGACUUAAACUCCCAGGGACCAAGCUGAGUGCCUCCGUCAGCGAGAGCAAUCUUCUGGACAAUGAUGAAUUCGAUGAUGAAAACUUCAUUGAAAAAAUCCAGAAGCUGUGCGCUCCCUUUUCCCUACCGCCUCGUAAACACAAUCCGCUCAGGCCGCCCCAGCCCCCAUUUGCGAUGCCAGCCAUCAAGGAAGACCAUUUUGAGAAGACGUUUGACCCGGAUGAGUUUAAAUUUGGCCUGAGGAAGAAAAACCGGACCUUCGACACAGGCCCGAGCCUUUUAGCUAAGCUUCAAAACCCAGAAACCAAAAGUGGCGCUAAGCCAGCGAGGGUGAGCAUCGCUGAUCGGUGUCUUUUGAUCAGUAGUCUGGAAGCUUCUUCUCAUGCAAAAGACAAGACCCCGAAGAAAGAGCAGGAGACAAGUAAGGAGGAGAAAGAGGACCACGUUAUUGUCAAGUCUCGCUUGCAGGGAAGCUGCGUACUCAGCAGCCUCAAGAGUUCCAGCACCAGGGGGAGAAGAAAUGGAAUUCAGGCGCUGUCAGAAAGUACCAACUCUCGGGAUGCAUCGCCCCAGCUCAGCCCUUCGUCAGAGUCAACCUCACCCCUUCCGACCGCCACCAGUUCAUUUGCCGAAAAUUUCACCGCGCCGUGCGGGGACCAAAUGCAGCCUACAGCAGCUGCGGUCAGUGACUCAGGUCCUCCGUUUCCCUCUUUUGACGACAUCAAGUUGCCUGACUAUUUAGAGAAGUACCUCCCUCGGGAAGCAGCAAAUUCAGCCCAGAGCAUGGAGGAACACCCGCAAAUGAAAGCAGAGGCUGCUGCAAAAAUAGCAACUACAGCUUCUGUCACUGAAGCAGAUCUGGUUGGAAAACCAAGUUUGAACCUCCCGAAUGCUGUGCCUCCCACUUUUGGAAAUAGAAGUGGAAAUCCACCUCAGAUUUACCCGCCACUUUCAGAGUUGAAGCAGCCUGUGACUCAGAGGAUACAUACUAAUCAUGCGAGGACUGCCAGGGGAUUUCACAAGCGACCUGGAAAGAUUGUGUUGUUCCAAAAUGCUGAGUUCAGCGGGCAAGCCUACGAGAUCUACCGGGAUGUCCAAGACGCGACUCAGCUGCAGUUCUCCAGUAUCAUAUCUGUGAAGGUCAUACGUGGAUGCUGGAUCCUCUACGAGAAGCCAGACUUUCAGGGACGCUGUAUCGCUUUGGAGGAGGGGGGCCUUGAACUGACAAACGAGUGGGCACAACCCGAGGAAAACAACACCUCGCCCAUGCUGAUUGGCUCGAUUCGACUUGCCGUAUGUGAUUACUGCACACCUCAUAUUGAUCUGUUCACUGAACCGGAGGGCCACGGUAGAGUGACAGCUUACCACGAUGACGCCAUCGAGACCGGAUCAUUUGGCAUCCCCCUGAGCACCGCCUCCAUCCAAGUUCACUCUGGGGUGUGGCUGGUGUUCAGUGAUCCGGGGUUUCAAGGAAUGCUGGCUGUUCUCGAAAGAGGAGUGUACCCCGUACCUGAGACCUGGGGCUUCCCCUCACCAUUCGUGGGCUCCCUCAAACCCCUCAAAAUGGGUGGUUUUAAAGUGGAGAACCCAAAUGAAGUGAAGGCUUUGGUGUACGAGAAGCCCGGACUGGAAGGUCCCUAUUUGGAAAUCGACAGCGAUCUUUUCAGCUUUUGCAAAGGAGACGAAACCGACGCCGACACUCACGAGAUGAAGUCUGUGGGUUCUUUGAAAAUAAUUGGAGGAUUUUGGGUCGGCUACAGCGAGGAAGCGUUUGAAGGGCAACAGUACAUGCUGGAGGAAGGGGAGUACCUGGAUUGUAGCGACUGGGGAGACUCGGGGCAGAUUCUGUCACUGCGACCCAUCCUGGCUGAUUUCAUGACACCGCACCUCAAACUGUUCAGCAACCAAAACUUCAGCGACCGGGGAGUCAACAUCGACCUCGUCGUGCCCGUCAUCAACAUGGACGACACGGGUUACGGCACCAAGACGCAGUCUGCUGAUGUCAUUCGUGGCAUCUGGGUAGUGUUUGAAGAGCCUGGUUUUUGUGGGGAGUCCUACAUCCUGGAAAAGGGCUUGUACGGAAACCCGGAGGACUGGGGUGCACUACAGGACCGGAUUGCCUCAGUCAUGCCCGUUGUGCUGGAUGAUUUUGAGAACGUGGCCAAGUUCAAAGUGCAGCUUUUCUCCGAGCCAGGCUUUCAAGGCAACCUCGUCACUUUGGAGGACAGCGUGGCUACCUUGCAGCAAGGCUUCUCCGUGGCCUCCUGCAAGGUCCUGGUGGGCAGCUGGCUGGCGUUCGAAGAUCAGGACUUCGCUGGCAGGAUGUACCUGCUGGAGGAGGGCAACUACCAGGAUGUGAGGGCAAUGGGUUGCGUCAACGCGUCGACCGCCAUCCGCUCGUUACAGACUGUCGGCUUUGAGUUCUCUCAGCCGUCCAUCAUUCUUUUCGAGCGUUGCGAUCUGCGUGGAAAGCGGGUAGUGCUGACAGACGGGUGCGUCAACCUUCAGCUGGCUGAGGGCUGUGCCCGGGUCCAGUCGGUGCUGGUGGAUGGUGGCAUGUGGAUAUUAUAUGAGGGCAUCAACUAUCGCGGUGCUCAGAUUUUGCUCAAACCCGGUGAGGUACCCAACUGGCACCAGUUCAGUGAGUGGAGUAAAAUCGGAUCACUCCGUCCCCUUUUACAGAGGCGCGUGCACUUCCGAUUAAGGAACAGACAAACGCGGCUUUUGAUGUCCGUGACGGGCGAUCUGGAAGACAUCAAACUUCUGCGGAUUCAAGAGGCCGAGGAGACUAACGGUCUUGAGCAGAUCUGGGUCUAUCGCGGCGGCCAUCUUCACUGCAAGCUCCUUGAGGAGUGUUGCCUGAGUCCCAGUGGCAGUGUGACCAUAGCGGGAAGCCGUGUGGGACUCAUGCCAGAGGUGGACAACCACGUCUGGAGUAUCACCCCCGAGGGUUUCAUCCGGUACAUGCCGACCUCUGAUCUGGUCUUGGAGGUGAAAGGGGGACAUCAUUAUGACAAAAACCAAGUGAUUCUCAACACCCUGGAUCCAAACAAAGCACACCAAAAAUGGGAUGUGGAAAUUAUUUAAGACUAUAACAUGCAGCAAGACCGGUAUUCAAGGACCGGGUGCACAUUUGCUGGCAACGUUCGCCGUGGAAAGACCUAUGAAAGAAUGUAUUCCCCGCUGACUUAAAAUACAAGCAGUGAGCUUUGAACUUGAAAGAAGACCUUCCAAGUCCUACAGCUCAAGGUUAAUGUUUUCCUUUUUUUUCCCCCAGUGAAUGAAUCAAUGUACCCAUUUUGUAAAUUAACUUAAAACAGUGUUAACGCGUCUCAUGUAUUUUUAUUCCCAACGUUAUAUCACACAUUCUUCAGCAAUAAAAACAAAAGUUCGACUUA